UCUCACCACGCGUUCCACUGUGUCUUCUGAGUUUGGUUGUCUGAGUUCAGGAUUUCCCUCUUAGUCGUGCAGUUACUUAGCUACAGGCCUUUUCCACUCUAUUAAUUAGCUAGAUAAGUUUAAGAAAUGUUUUGAAUUACAGUUGGAGCGUAAAAUGAUGCAAGCAGCAGGACAGGUACUCGGGAAUGGUGCAGUUGAAAGGCGUAUGAGCUCUGAUCAUAUCAAGGAUGGUGGUGUCACAUUUUGGAGCACAACUGAACGCGGAAUCAAAGCAGAACUACGGUUGCAACAUCAUCCAUACGACACAGAAUCAUGGGGAGUGCUAAUCAGAGAGGCACAGAAUACUCCACUGGAAACAUCAAGAGUUCUGUGUGAAAAGCUUGUAAGACGAUUCCCAAAUGCUGGCCGUUACUGGAGAUUAUACAUUGAGCAAGAGAUGAAACAUAAGAAUUAUGAACAAGUAGAAAAGCUCUUCCAGAAAUGCUUGAUCAAGGUGUUGAACAUUGAUCUCUGGAAGUGUUACCUGUCAUAUGUAAAGGAGACUAAAAGCUCUCUCCAAAACUUUAGAGAUAAAAUGCAUCAAGCAUAUGAAUUUGCCCUGGAUAAAGUCGGAGUAGACUUCAACUCUUACCAAAUUUGGUUGGAUUAUGUCAAUUUUUUGAAGUCAGGUGAAGCGGUUGGCAGUUACGCAGAAAACCGCAAGAUAAUCAACAUUAGGAAAGUUUAUCAGAGAGCUGUGGUGACUCCCAUUAUAAAUUUGGAGGCACUUUGGAGGGAAUAUAAUGCUUUUGAACAGAGUGUAAACAAGCUAUUAGCAAAGAAGUUGAUUGAUGAUAAAACAAGAGAUUACAUGAAUGCCAGAAGAGUUUCUAAGGAAUAUGAAGCCAUUACUCGUGGACUGGUCAGAGGAAACCCUUCAGUUCCUGUUCAGGGAACUGCUGAUGAAACUAAACAGCUACAAAUAUGGAAGAAGUAUAUUGCCUGGGAAAAGAACAACCCACUGAGGACAGAAGAGACUGCCCUUCUAACUAAGAGAGUUGUGUAUGCUUAUGAACAGUGUCUACAGACAAUGGGGUUUCAUCCAAACAUCUGGUGUGAGGCAGCAUUGUACUUGGAGAAAGUCAGUCAGAAGUUGAUGGACAAGGGGGACAUGCAGGGAUCCAAAGUACUUGGAGAUGAAGCUGGUGCCAUAUAUGACAGAGCCAUCACAGGGAUCAUGAAACACAGCAUGCUUUUGUACUUUGCUUAUGCUGACUUUGAAGAGGGAAGAAUGAAGUUCCAGAAGGCAAAGGAAAUUUAUGAAAAAUACUUAGCACUUGAGAAUAUUGACCCAACGUUGGUUUAUAUCCAAUUCAUGAAAUUUGCAAGACGGUCUGAGAGCAUCAAAGAAAGCAGAGCAAUUUUUAAGAAGGCGAGAGAGGAUACAAGAACAAACUUUCAUGUUUUUAUAUCGGCUGCCCUCAUGGAGUACUACUGCAGUAAGGACAAAGCAGUGGCAUUUAAGAUAUUUGAGCUAGGCUUAAAGAAAUAUAUGAAUGAAACAGACUAUGUGCUGGCUUAUGUUGAUUAUUUAUCACAUUUAAAUGAUGAUAACAACACAAGAGUACUGUUUGAGAAAGUUCUGAGUUCCAUGCCCAAAGACAAAGCAAGUGAAGUGUGGGGUAAAUUCUUGGAAUUUGAAACCACAAGCGGUGACUUGGCAAGCUUAGUAAAAGUGGAGAAUAGAAAACUUGAAAUCUAUAAAGAGGAACUGGAAGGCCAUGAAACAUCAGUGCUUGUUGACAGAUAUAAAUACUUGGACCUUUUUCCUUGUACUUCUUUGGAGCUUAAAAUUAUGGGCUAUGUGGGUUCAACAAAACAAAGUGGCAAUGCACCAAGCUUGUUGUCCUCAGUUCCUUCUCAAAAGGAGCAGAACGAAGAAAAACCAGUGCAAUAUCCCCGACCAGACACAUCACAGAUGACACCAUUUAAACCAGCUGCUGGAGCUGUUGGACUUCAUUCAGUACCAGGGGGAGUUUUUCCAGUUCCACCUGUAGCUGCACAUCUUAUGACCCUUCUACCUCCUCCAUCUUGCUUCCAGGGUCCAUUUGUAAUGAUUGAUGACUUCAUUCAGUUGACUUUGGACUCUGAAAUACCAGAACCAGCACCUUCAGGGUUGCCAGACUCUGAGAUGGGUCCAGUAAAUGGUGUUGAGGGCAGUGAAGAUGGAGUGGAAGUUGAUCAAAAUAAACGGGGUGUCAAAAGACCUGGGGCCGAUCAUGAAAGUGAUGACGAGGGUUCUGCUGCACCACCUGAGAAUGACAUCUACAGGAGUCGUCAACA